CUUAUAUAUUUUUUCCAUGAGCAGAGACAGGUACCCCCAACAGGGUCUGGACGGCAGCCUGGACCAUGGGCAGGCAUGUGCCCAGAGUGUUCGGGUCUCUGGACGUGGACCUGGAGUGUCCCCAUGUGGAUCCACCUUGCUGCCAUGUUUUACCACUGUGCCACAGUGUACCCCAUGGAGAUUUUUCUGGUCUCCUCUUAUUCCAGCUGGGGGGCAACCAACAGUCUGGAGAGGGGUCCAUUUGGAGAUUGCUAAGCCUGCCCGUGGCGGUUUCCGAGAAAUGGGCUGGGUGACCCCGUCUCGGCAGGGUUCCUUCAGCAGCGGUGCUACUGCUCAGGCUCUGUGCACAGGGAGGGAGUGCUAGGGUGGCGGGCACCUCAGCCCUUGGCUUGUGACUGAGCCAGGGCCUGCCCUGUGUCACGUGGCCUUCGUGGGAGAGUCGUGGCUGUGGUUUGGCCCUUUUUAGCUCAUGACUUGUACACACCUUGAUGGGGCUCCCUCCAUGCACCCAGCCUGGGUUCCACCUUUGUCGGCCUGGGCAUGAGGUGGUGGGAACGCCAGCCUUUCCUGGAAGCAGGAGGAGCAGCCCCCGCCCCCACAGUGUGCAAACAGGAGGGUGUCUGGGGCAGAUCCUCAGGGUCAGGUUUGGCCCAGCACUCAGCAGCCAGAACCUCGAACCUCCUGUCAUUUCUCGAGGGUGGCAGUAGUCAUCUCUUCCUUAGGAUGCUGGUAGGAUUCAGUGACAGCCCCAGUGAGGUGUCUGCCACACAGCAGGGCCUCAAGUCAGGGGGACGUCUGUCCUGCCAGACCUGGGUAGGCAUGGUGGUGAGAUUCUGACGUGGGGCCUCGGCAUCUGCGCCUGAGUCGGGGGCAGCCCUCUGGGGACCAGUGAAGCCCCAAGUCAAUGAGAAGAGUGGUGAUGGGUGUGGCUGUCCCUGAGCCCGCCGAACCCCCAUGUUGCCAACACGUGCCCUGGGCCACUGUUCAAAUGAGGAAACAGACUUGGAGGUGGCCACUGAGGUGCCAAGGGCAGACUCCAGCAGCCUUAAAUUCUGGCCCUCCUGUCCCCCAGACCAGCUCGGGUGAGCCCCUCCCCUCUGGCCCCUCCCUUCUCGUCGCUGAAGCUGGGGCUCUGGACACGCCAGCCUCCCUAGAUGAGGACGACGUGCACAGGUGCGGCCGCUGCCAGGCGGAGUUCACUGCCCUGGAGGACUUCGUCCAGCACAAGAUUCAGAAGGCUUGCCAGCGGUCCCCUCAGGAGGCACUGCCCGCCGCCCCUGCCCCUGCCACCCUGCUGGGCCAGGAGGUGGUGCCGGCGGCGACAGGCCCAGAAGAGCCCCUCACCGUGGCCCACAUUGUGGUGGAGGCCGCCUCCCUGGCCACAGACGUGGGCCACACGCCUGACCUUGUUGGUGGUGGGCACAUCAAGGAGGUCAUUGUGGCCGCUGAGGCAGAGCCUGGGGACAGCGAGAUGGCAGAGGCCCCCAGUAGCCCUGGCCGCCAGGGCACGCAGGCCCAGGUCAAGCUGCUGGUGAACCAGGACGGCCGCUAUGUGUGCGCGCUGUGCCACAAGACCUUCAAGACGGGCAGCAUCCUCAAGGCCCACAUGGUCACCCACAGCAGCCGCAAGGACCACGAGUGCAAGCUCUGCGGAGCCUCCUUCCGGACCAAGGGCUCGCUCAUCCGGCACCACCGGCGGCACACGGACGAGCGCCCGUAUAAGUGCGCCAAGUGCGGGAAGAGCUUCCGGGAGUCGGGCGCGCUGACUCGGCACCUCAAGUCUCUCACCCCGUGCACGGAGAAAAUCCGCUUCAGCAUGAGCAAAGACGUGAUCGUCGGCAAAGAGGACGUGCCUGCAGGGGCCAGCGCCUCCUCCGUGGGGACGACGGCAUCAUCGGUGCCAGGCGAGCCCGUGGGGACGUCUCCUGUGAUCCACUUGGUGACAGAUGCCAAGGGCACCGUCAUCCACGAAGUCCAUGUUCAGAUGCAGGAGCUGCCCCUGGGCGUGAAGGCCCUGGCCCCGGAGCCCCCGGGGCCUGAUGAGCUCCCCUGCUGCGGCGAGGGCAGCAGCCAGGAGAACCUGCUGCACCAGGCCAUGCAGGACUCGGGCAUCGUCCUUGAGCGGGUCAUCGGGGAGGAGGGCGCCCUGGAGCCGGCCCCUCCUGCCGGGUCCAGUCCCCAGCCCCUGGGAGACGGACCCCUGGAACUGCCGCUGGUGAAGGUGGAACAGCAGGUGGCCAGCGAGUCCUCCACUGUGCCCAGGAACCACCCGUGCCCUCAGUGCAGCGAGAGCUUCCCGACAGCAGCCACCCUGGAAGCCCACAAGAAGGGCCACGCAGGGCCCAGGCCGUUCAGCUGCGUGCAGUGUGGCAAGGCCUUCCCCAAGGCCUACCUGCUCAAGAAGCACCAGGAGGUGCACGUGCACGAGCGCCGCUUCCGCUGCGGGGACUGCGGGAAGCUCUACAAGACUGUCGCCCACGUGCGCGGCCACCGGCGCGUCCACUCAGAUGAGCGGCCCUACCCCUGUCCCGAGUGUGGCAAGCGCUACAAGACUAAGAAUGCCCAGCAGGUGCACUUCCGGACACACCUGGAGGAGAAGCCACAUGUGUGCCAGUUCUGCAGCCGAGGCUUCCGGGAGAAGGGCUCGCUGGUGCGGCACGUGCGGCACCACACCGGGGAGAAGCCCUUCAAGUGCUACAAGUGCGGCCGGGGCUUUGCCGAACACGGCACGCUGAACAGGCACCUGCGCACCAAAGGGGGCUGCUUGCUGGAGGUGGAGGAGCUGCUGGUGCCCGAGGACAGCCCCGCAGCCGCUGUCCUGGCCGAGGACCCCCACACCGUGUUGGUGGAGUUCUCGUCAGUGGUGGCCGACACCCAGGAGUACAUCAUCGAGGCUGCUGCAGACGAUGCAGAGACUAGCGAGGCCACCGAAAUCAUCGAGGGCUCCCAGACAGAGGUGGACAGCCACAUCAUGAAGGUGGUGCGGCAGAUCGUGCACCAGGCUGGCGCUGGCCACCAAAUCAUCGUGCAGAACGUUGCAGUGGACCAGGAGGCGGCUCCCGCUGACACCAUCACCAUUGCCACCCCCGAGAGUCUGACAGAGCAGGUGGCUAUGACGCUGGCCUCGGCCAUCAGUGAGGGCACUGUGCUCGCAACCCGUGCCGGCUCCAGUGGUGGCGAGCAGGCCACCGUGACCAUGGUGUCGUCAGAGGACAUAGAGAUCCUGGAGCACGCAGGCGAGCUGGUCAUCGCCUCGCCAGAGGGUCAGCUGGAGGUGCAGACAGUCAUCGUCUGACGGGACCGCAGUGUCCCGGCUGGGUGGGCACAGGCGUGGACCCCAGGUGCCCUGCCCGUGCCGGCCUGGCAGAGCAGCACCCAGAGAUGGAGAUGUAAAUAGUCUCUUCUGUUGGUUUACAAUAAAACAUGAAACCCGCA